AGUUCUGCUCCAUCUGCGCAAGCCAAGUGCACACACCAGCAACCAUGUCUGAGGGCCCUGCAGUUGGCAUUGAUCUUGGCAUCACCUACUCUUGUGUGUGUGUAUUCCAGCAUGGAAAAGUGGAAAUAAUUGCCAACGAUCAGGGAAACCAAAUCACCCCGAGUUAUGUUGCCUUUACUGAUACUGAGCGAUUGACCGGUGAUGCUGCAAAGAAUCAAGUAGCAAUGAAUCCUACCAACACGGUCUCUGAUGCCAAGCGCUUGAUUGGACGUAGGUUUGACGAUGCUGUUGUCCAGUCUGACAUGAAGCAUUGGCCUUUCCUGGUGGUGAAUGAUGCUGGCAGGCCCAAGGUCCAAGUAGAAUGCAAGGGAGAGACAAAGAGCUUUUAUCCAGAAAAGGUGUCAUCCAUGGUUUUGACAAAGAUGAAGAAAAUCGCAGAAGCCUACCUUGGGAAGACUGUUACCAAUGCGGUUGUCACAGUACCUGCUUACUUCAAUGACUCUCAGCGUCAGGCCACCAAAGAUGCUGGAACUAUUGCUGGUCUCAAUGUACUUAGAAUCAUCAAUGAGCCAACUGCUGCUGCUACUGCUUACGAUUUAGACAAAAAAGUUGGAGCUGAAAGAAACGUGCUGAUCUUUGACUUGGGAGGUGGCACUUUCGAUGUGUUAAUCCUCACAAUUGAAGAUGGAAUAUUUGAGGUCAAAUCUACAGCUGGGGACACCCACUUAGGUGGAGAAGACUUCGACAACCGAAUGGUCAACCAUUUCAUUGCAGAGUUCAAACGCAAGCAUAAGAAGGAUAUCAGUGAGAACAAGAGGGCUGUCUGUUGCCUUCACACUGCUUGUGAACAUGCGAAGCGUGCUCUCUCUUCCAGCACCCAGGCCCGUAUUGAGAUUGAUUCACUCUAUGAGGGAAUCGACUUCUAUACCUCUAUCACCCGUGCCCGAUUUGAAGAAUUGAAUGCUGACCUUUUCCGUGGCACCUGGGACCCUGUAGAGAAAGCCCUUCAGGAUGCCAUGCUUGACAAGUCCCAGAUCCAUGAUAUUGUCCUGAUGGAUGGCUCUACCCACAUCCCCAAGGUUCAGAAACUCCUACAGGACUUCUUCAAUGGAAAUAAGCUGAAUAAGAGCAUCAACCCUGAUGAGGCUGUCGCUUAUGGUGCAGCUGUCCAGGCAGCCAUUCUCUCUGGAGAUAAAUCUGAAAAUGUCCAAGAUCUGCUGCUGCUGGACGCCACGUCUCUUUCCCUUGGCAUUGAGAUGGCUGGCAGCUUCAUGAUGGUCUUCAUAAAGUGCAACACCACCAUCCCCACCAAGCAGACACAGACCUUCACCACCUACUCCGACAACCAGCCAGGCGUGCUCAUUCAGGUUUAUGAAGGUGAGCGUGUCAUGACCAAGGAUAACAACCUUCUUGGUAAAUUUAAACUCACAGGCAUACCUUCUGCACCUCAUGGUGUCCCCCAGAUUGAAGUCACGUUUGAUAUUGAUGUCAAUGACAUCCUCAAUGUCUCUGCUGUGGAUAAGAGUACAGGAAAAGAGAACAAGAUUACCAUCACUAACGACAAGGGUCGUCUGAGCUAGGAAGACAUUGAGCCCAUGGUCCAGGAAGCUGAGAAGUACAAAGCUGAAGAUGAGAAGCAGUGGGACAACG